AUUAUAUUUUUAGCGCAACUACAAACUCGUACUUAAUGACAUCCAAUGCAAAUCAAAUGCAGAUUAUGUGGCAAAUCAUACUUGUUCAUUUGAUAAGACAACAAAAGAACAUAAUUUGGAAUUUCAAAUGAAGAAGAAAGUCAAACAUUUGCAAUUUGAUUUUAUGGUUUUUGCCAAAAGACCUGUCACAAACAAUAAAGAUAUUCUGUUCAAAGCUGUCGAUGUGGAAGCUUGUAAUUUUUUGAAGGAAGACACAGCUGAAACACCAAUUCUUCAAAUGUUUAAGAAAGUAUUACAGGAUCCUAAGAAUGUGGUACCGGAUUUUUGUGCGGUAACAGCGAAUGACCAUAUGAAAUUGACGAAUAUUGUUUUGGAUGCAGAAUUUCUUCCUGCGGUUGUACCAGAUGUUGAAUUUAUAGUUGAAAUCAUAGGCAAGGAUUCGAAGAUAGUUUUUUUCAAUGGUGAACUAUUGGGUAAGGUAUCGCAUGAUAAGAAAGUUAAUAAAGCUGGUUGAACAUAA